AUGUUAUCAAGACAGUGUAUUGAAACUCCUGUUCAGGAUGAUCCUGAAAUGGUAGAAAUUGUUCAUGAAGUAACUAAAUAUGUGCCUAUUUCAGAUGCUAUUAAACAGGAUAUUAUGACUGAGACUGAAAAGGACAUUGGUCUAAAAGCUGUUAAGAAUUAUUAUAACCAAGGUUGGCCUAAUUCUAGAGAAACAGCUUUACCUGAGGCUAGGCCAUACUGGCAACUCAGAAAUGAUUUAUUUGUGGAAAAUGGUAUGGUUAUUCUGGAAGAUAGAAUUGUUAUACCUCCAUCACUGAGAUCAAAGGUACUUAAUAAGUUACAUACAGCACAUUUGGGAAUUGAUAAAACUAAAGCUAGAGCGAGGCAGGCAGUUUAUUGGCCUGGUCUCUCUAAUGAUAUUGUAACUUUACUUGAGACAUGUCGAAUUUGUGAAAGACAUGGUUCAAAAAAUUUUAAAGAGCCUUUGAUACCACAUGAAGUACCUGAACUCAGAUUUCAGAAAGUAAGUGCAGACAUACUUGAUAUUGGUGGUAAUAAUUAUCUUGCAGUUGAAGAUAAUUUAUCUAAAUGGUUAGAGAUCAAAAAAUUGUCUAGUAAAACCAGUGGAGCUGUAAUCGGUGCACUCAAAUCCAUAUUUUAUACGCAUGGUAUUCCAGAAAUUAUCUAUGGAGAUAAUAACCCUCUUGAUUCCUUUGCUUGCAAUGAAUUUGCUAAAAAUAUUGGGAGCAAAAUUGUAACAAGCUCUCCUGAAUAUCCAAGAAGUAAUGGAUUAGCAGAAAAAGGUGUUAACAUUGCUAAAAAAUUGUUGAUCAAAAGCAAAGAAAGUGGAACUAAUUAUUUAGAUGCACUGAGAGAAUAUAACAACACACCAUUAUCUGGAAUGGAUGUGUCUCCUGCUCAAAUAUUAAUGAGUAGAAUGUGUCGUACCUUGGUUCCUGUACUUAAAGAAAAAUUAAAACCAAAAGUUGUAAAUGUUAAACCAGUGUUAGAAAGGAUCCAAGAAAGAGUAAAAAUACAGCAUGACAGGCAUGCUCGCAGGCGUCCUGUUUAUUUUAAUCCUGGUGACAAUGUGGUAGUCCGGAGAGGUAAAAUUUGGCAAAAGGGUGUUGUUGAAAGAAAACAUGGAGCUGCUAGAUCUUAUUAUGUAAAACCCCUUCAUGGACGUACCAUCAGAAGAAACACUUUUGAUCUUAAAAAGUCCAAAACAAAGGCUGAUAACUUAGACAAAGGUUUUAUUGAACCAUAUGAAAUUGAUGGUUAUUUAGUGUCUAGUGAUACUCAAGUAAAUAUUGUACCAAAUGUUGUGCCAAAUAAUGUGCCAAAUGUUCCUACUGUGCCAAAAUUAAGAGAACCAGUUGUGGUUUUAGAAAGACUAUCCCUAAAACGCACUGGAGACCAAAUACUUAAUACUCAGAGUAAGCAUGGUAGAAUUGUAAAGCCUAAUCCAAAGUAUUGUAAUCCAAAUAUGAUUACUUAUUAA